AUGAAUCGGUGAGGACUUGCCAUUGAGCUCGAGAGACACGGAGGAUGGCGAAUCAGAGUACAGAGACGAAUCAACCGUCGAAUAUGCAGACUUACGGUGUUCCGAUUUACGCCGUCGAUUGGAUUCCGGAGGUAGCUGUCAGAUCUAAAAUCAUAAUGGAUCCGGAGAAAUCCGAAGAUGAUGAUGAGUCUUCGUCGUCGUCGUUGUCUUCUUCUUCCCGGAGCUGCAUCGUUUUGUCCGGCGGAGGCGGAGAGGGAAGAAGCGGAAUCCCUAAUGUUAUCUUAAUAUGUCGUGUUGAUCUAAACACCAAUUCUCUCUCGGAACAACCUUUGGGUAGGCUUGUGGUUGGUACUGAUCUGCCUUAUCGUAUGGCUGUUCAUCCUCGGGAAGGUGGUCUUAUUUCUGCAUUGCCUAAUAGUUGCAGACUGUUUCAUUGGGAAGACAUUAUGAGCCGAGAGGAUAAUCAGGCUGGUGAAGAGUCAGAGGAAGUGAUUAAAGAGUUAAAAGAUGUUGGACAACAGUUGGCUCUGGCUUUUAAUCAGGAGGGGUCUGUUCUCGCUGCUGGUGCGGAGGAUGGGACUUUGAGGGUUUUUGAAUGGCCCAGCAUGAAAACGUUACUUAAUGAGUCUAAGGCACAUUCAUCAGUUAAAAGCCUAACUUUCAGCGAAAGUGGUAAAUUUCUUGUAUCUCUUGACGGUCCAGUUUGUCGGGUUUGGGAUGUGAAUGCUUCUGCUGCCGUUGCCAGUCUAUCAAAAGAGAAGGACGAGAUGUUUGCCUCCUGUAGAUUCUCUGUUGACAGUGCAGGCAAUGAAGUUCUUUACAUUGCUGCAAACACUGAACGUGGUGGGAGUAUUAUAACAUGGGAUUCAAAAUCAUGGAAAAGAAAAUGGUCUAAGCCUAUAAAAAAGAACUCUAUAUCAGCCUUUAAUGUCUCAGCUGAUGGAAAGCUUCUUGCAAUAGGCACCCUUGAAGGAGAUGUUUUAAUACUUGAAUCGACGAGAAUGCAAACUAUCCAAGUCGUCAAGAAAGCGCAUCUCGGUUUGGUCACAGCGCUGACUUUCUCCCCUGAUUCAAGGGGCUUAGUGUCGGUAUCUUUUGACUCAAGGGCAAGGCUGACCAUGAUUGAACAAAAGGGUGACAAACCUGGAAUAAGGUGGUGGCUACUGAUUUUAUUGGUAGUGUUACUAUACGUGGUUGCAUAUUAUUAUAUAAAGGCAAAGGGUAUCAUACCUUAAAAAGGCCUUUAAGCGACACCAGAAGACGAUACAGCGGAGUGGCUUGUAACCAACAUAUUAUACGCUCUUUGAGUUGGCUUUUUACGUUUGUGUUUGGCAAAGUCGCAGGGAUUCUUCACAUCUACCAGAAACUUGCUUGCUUUUAUAUCAAUAAAAAAUGUAAACUAAC